AUGGAUAAUAAAGAAAAACUAGAUAUAGGAACGGCAUUAGAAGCGGUCAUAACCAGUGUUGGAGAACUAGGAUGGUACCAGCGGUUACUGUUCCUUGGUAUGCUGCCUUUUGGCUUUGCUUGGGGGUUCACCUACUUCGGCCAGAUGUUUAUAACAGCUACACCGCAGGAUCAUUGGUGUCGGGUUCCUGAAUUAGACGUACUCAGUGCUGAACUAAGGAGAGCGCUCUCGACACCCAAAACGGGUGACUACAACGUAGAUAACUGCAUGAUGUUCGAUGCGAACUGGACAGAAAUUUUGGAGACGCUUCUUCCACCCGACCCUGAAACGCCGCUGGUUGCGUGUAGACAAGGAUGGGAAUUUUUGUAUAAUGACAUUCCUUAUUCUACUAUUGUUAGCGAGCGCGAAUGGGUCUGCGAUAAAGCGAGUUAUGUGCCUUGGGCACAAUCCAUAAGUUUCCUAGGUUCCAUAAUCGGAGGAAUCCUGUGUGGGAUUCUGGGCGACAGAUAUGGUCGUGUGCCAGUUUUAGUUUUAUCCAACACUUUUGGUAUCAUUGGCAACAUCGCCACGAUGUUCACAAAUUACUUUUGGGAUUUCGCAAUUUGCCGUUUUAUUUCUGGGCUGUGUGUUGGGCUGGGCUGGGACAGUUGUUUUAUCCUUAUGUUCAUAUUAGUGUUAGAAUAUGUUGGCACAAAAUACCGAACGCGUGUGGCAAACCUUUCCAUUGCAUUUUUUUUCGGCGGAGGCUGCAUUAUUUUACCUUGGAUAGCCAUGUGGAUCUCCGACUGGAAGAUUUUCAUCGUGGCAACGUCGAUACCUAUGGUUUUCGCCUUUUUCGCUCCUUUUGUUGUUCCAGAGAGUGCGAGAUGGUUAGUCUCCAAGGGCCGGAUAGAUAAGGCGAUUAAAGUCCUGAACAGAUUUGAGAAAAUUAAUGGAAACCAAAUACCACAGAAUGUCAUGGACCAGUUUAUUAAUGCAGCUCGUACUAAGCAAGAAGAAGAAAAGGGUUUAGGCUUGAUAUUCCAGACGCCUCCGCUUCGUAAAAUGGUGAUCUUCCUCAUUAUAACUUUUGUAGCAGUUGCUGUGAUGUUUGACUGCAUUAUUAGACUUUCUGAAAAUUUGGGACUUGACUUCUUCCUAACUUUCACAGUAGCAUCAGCCACUGAAAUACCAUCUAUAUUUGUCUUGCUUCUGCUGUUAGACAGGUUAGGUCGUAGAUGGUUAGUCUUUUUACCAAUGAUGGCUGCUGGAAUACUGUGCUUUGUAACUGCUUUUGUACCAAGAGGAAUAAUAUCUGUAGCGUUGGCCGUAGCAGCCAGGUUCUUCAACAACAUGUCAUACGUGAGUGUAAUCCAAUGGACUCCAGAAUUGUUGCCGACUGUGGUGCGGGCUUCUGGAGCCUCCUUUGUACACAUAAGCGCUUUCGCUGCUGUAUUAGUAACGCCAUUUAUUGUUUACUCUGAUCGAGUUUGGGAAGGCUUAUCGCUGAUUAUUGUAGCUGUUGUCGGCCUUAGCGGUGCAACCCUCGCUUUACUAUUACCAGAAACAAAAGGUAGGCGAAUGCCGCAGACUUUGGAAGAGUGGGAAACUUUGUCCAAGCCGCAAGCCAAAAAGAAUUUGGCUUCGGUGGAGUACAUCGACACUAGCUGA